AUGAAUACAGAAGAAGCGGAAAAACCAAAGUAUUUUGGGAAUGUGGAUUUUGAAAAGACUGUGAAUGAUAUCAUAUCGAGUCCAAGACGAUGUAAAUCUUAUAUGUAUGAUUACGAAAUAAAACUAUUUGAAAUCUCAGAAAAACAACGGGAAUACUAUCUUAAAUGCUUCCGGCACUUGCUCAAAUCAACUCAGGGAGUUAUAACUGACAUACACAAUGCUGCGCUCAAUGGAGCAGAUAGACAAGUAGUCGACUUUUUCCGUAAAAGCGGUUUGGAUACAGAAUCUUUGUCAAGAAUAUGGACGUUGUCCGAUGUUAAUGAAGAUGGAUGGUUGGACCUUAAUGAGUUUUCCAUGGCUAUGCACCUCAUCGUUUUGAACGUGAAGGGAGAAGUACCCAUUCCUAACGUUCUUCCUGCUCAUGUGAAGCCGCCAUUCACUCCUUCACGUUCCAAUUCACAAAUGCAAGGCCAAAUCAGUCCGGCUUCUUACAAUUUGCAGAAUCAAAAUAGUUUACCGGCUCCUUCGAGUUCACAAGAAAAAAAGAAUAGUCUAGGAAAUUCUUGGGAUCAAUUCGAAAUGCCCGACUGUAAGAACAAUAUUGAAAAGGAAGAAGUGGCUUUAAAAGAGUUUUCUGACGUUCCUCCGUUGCUCGUCGAUAUACGACCCACUGCUGUAAAACCUUCUGUUGUUCCGUUGCUUUCCUUAAAAAGUCCCUCCGGUCCACCUCCCCAACCUCCCCCUCGUCCAGUUCAGAAAGGACAUGGAAGAAGUGCUAGUCUUGAUUUGAAAUCAGUCAAUCUCAAUUCUCAAUCAAGCUUUCCUUUGUUUCCUGCUGGUGAACGAAGGGACUCUGACACAACUAUAAUGAAUACAGUGGCGCCUCCCUUAUCAGCUAGGCCAACAUUAUCAGGACCUAUUCCUGUUCUCCCUCCCCCUGUACCGCAGCGUACUUCACCAGGAACCUCGUCGAAAAAUGCAGAAACUCAAACAGAAAAAGAAAUGGUUGAUAAAGACUUGCUGGAGAGGUUUAUAAAAGACAUGGGUAGUGAUCUUGACGAUCUUUUACGUCUUGAGUCAGAGCCAUCAGAAGGAGUGGGUGUAGAGAGAUGGGAGCUACGAUGCAGAGCUUUGAAACUACAAAAUGCGGAGCUAGAACAAGAAAGAGCUCGCUUAGCUCAAGUAAGAAUUCAACUUGAACUACGCUUGCAAGAAGUUGAAGAUACGUAUAAUACGAAAGGCAAAACUAGUCGGCCAACUGCAUUAUAA